GGUUUCUCCGCGUGAUGACAUUGUUUUGUGUUUAUUUUUGGUGAGUACAGCUCACCGUUAAUGUGUAUUGAUUUCGUUGCUGUGUGAAGUUUCAAAUAUCACCCAAGGUGGAUGUGACGCUCUGCUUAUUCAGUUGACGGAUCAUUCAGAUACAGUGGCUUGUUAUUCGCUGUUGCGAUUUUCACUACGUUGUUGUGCGGUUAAAAUAAAACAAUAACAAAAAGACAACUGUGAGAUAAUAUUUCUUUAAAAAAAAGUGUAUAUAUGGGACAUGUUGAACAUUGUGUGAUGAAAUGUGAAGGUGCAACGUUGCGCCCGGUGCGCACGCAGUAUGGAAAGACCGUCACCAGAGAAGGAUUACUGUAUUUCACUGACGGAUGCUUUAGCCGAGUUUCAAAUCGCCGGACAGGACAUUGAACAGGGGAACCAAAAUCUUGACCAGGCUGCUAGUCACUCUGGCACUACAACUAGCCUAGGAGCAGAGUCUAUAAAUCAAGGUGCGUAUUCGAAUAUCCUUCAACCAAAGUCUUCGAGUGAGGAUAUUUCUGUGAAGGAUUUACCUACCAGCGCAGAUUUUUCGGAUUUACCCGAUUCCUUUUUUAAACCCGGUACCAGCCGAGUCGAUACUCAUCGUCGGUAUCGCGGCGACCGACUAUCGGGUUUUCCCGAAGAUACCUUACAUCGGCAGACCGGUGACGCAAGCAAAAAGUUAGAUGACACCUUGGGUUUAGAUCUCGCGAGUCUUCACCCAAUAAAACACGGCGUGGACAGUUUUAAUCCAGUCCAAGUUAAAGUCGAAGACACAGAUUGGUCAAGGUUGCGCGGCCUAGACCUUGGCGGACCUUUGGAUUUAUCUGGGUUGAGUGACGUGUCCGAUGACGACACAUCCGGUUUCGGUUUAGGUGAUUUAAAGUUCGGGAAAGACAUUCAUGCCGAGUCAUCAAUGGCGUACUGCACAGACCGCCGACCUAGCUUUGGCGAAAGGUCAUUCUCAGACCCUUUUGGUCGAAUGUCCGACCUCGCGGAUAUCCAACCUAUGGAGAUAAGCGAAGAGUUACAAUUGGAACUGAGCAGACUGCACGGAAUUCCAUCUUCCGCCCCCCGGAAGGACCUUCUACCGCUGAGCAUCAGCGACGCCAAUGUGAUACGCGCCUCGGACAUGUCGAGAAAAGCUAAGCCCACGGGCCAGCCCAUGUUCUACCCGGUGACACCCUCGGCCUAUCGCCUCCAGAAAAAAACCCGCUCCAGAAUCCGAAGCCUAGGGCUGGAAAGCUCCCCCGGGCGAAGAUCCCAGGACCGUCGGAUUAAAAAUAUCGCCGCGUCAUCCGCUGUGGAAGCGUCCCAUGGGCGGUCACCGCGUCUUGAAAAUCCUGUAGACGUUGGGAUUAGUAAAAGCGGAAUUUCGAAAAAAUCACCGGAAGUGAGUGAAUUCCGGGAUGUGUAUAGUCCGGAUAAAGAGCGGUUAGCGUUUCCGGAUGUUCGUUCAGACAGCGCCGUCUCGCCCGAGAGCUCACGGGGAUCACGUGACAAGGACGAGGCGGUGGUGGAGAGCACCUCCCAUGAUGAGGACGUGGACUUUGAUUCUGAUACCUCGCCGGGAUUUGGUGCGAGUGUAAGUUUUUUUGUCAUGUCUGUACAAUCAUCUGUGUGA